CAAAAGUUGAUUUGUUUUACAUGCAAAACGUCAGCGUACCGAUUUCCUCUCCGUGACCGACUUGCUUGACGUUAAAGAAUCUGGCUGAGAAGGAGAAUCUUGGUCUGUCAUCAUGGCCAUGGUGAACUUUGGAAAAAGUACUGCUAUGGAAAUUGCGGGGAGUACCAUGGAAGACGGCAAAAAGAAGAAACCAGUGAAGAAAGUAUUGAAUGAAGAAACCUUCUUAGAGGAUCUUGAGAAGAUUAUCCAGCGAGAUUUCUUCCCCGACCUUGCCAAGCUGAAGGCCCAGAAGGAUUACAUUGAGGCUGUGGAGAAGAAUGAUCUGGUCAGAAUGAGGGAGCUUGCUCUGAGAUAUGCAGCAACGGGGCGGAGCAGGCCAGACACAGAGACACCUACAUCAUAUGCUGAAGCAACACCAGCAACGUUUGAGACGCCUGAUUUGAAUGCAAGGCAAGACACGCCCCUUCAUAAUCUUCCUGAGAGAGCUGAGGAUCAAAGGAAGAGGAAGUCGGCAAAGGGAACCGAUGAGGAGGAGUCCAAGAAAGAGAAAAGUAACUCGUCCCUCACCUUGGACAAGUACCUUGCGAAACACACAAGUGAAGACAACGCCUCCUUUGAAGACAUCAUGAAGGUAUCCGAAGAGAAACACCGACAGAAACACGGAUGGCUCUACGAGGCCGAGAAACGCCACCAACAGGAACAGCUGGACAUGCUGGCCUUAGAAGGCCCAAAGUCCAUGAAGCCGAUCGAGGGCUCUUCGGUAACGACGUGGGGAUACAAGAACAAGAAUGCAGUCAUGUACGUCCCUGAAGGACUUGAAGAGACAGUCGAGGAACAGAUCUUCAAGAAACCUAAAAUCCAGCAGGUGGUCCACAAAAACACACAUCUCCAUACCAAUCCUUUCAGUGGACAAACAGAUAAGACGUCAGCCGUUGCCAAGUCCGCUGCCAUCAAGGCCUCCAUGAAGUUGGGAAAAAUCGGGCACGACGGAAAGGAGUUGCUUACGGCAGAGUCACCGAAGGUUAACGGAUUUGGUUUUGUGGGGACGCCCUCCCCUGCACCAGGUGCUUACAACGAGUCACCUAUGAUGACAUGGGGUGAGAUUUCAGGUACACCGUUCAGACUGGAUGGGUCUGACACACCGGUACGCAACACAGCGGGUCCAGCAUUUACGAUUGCAGAAGUGCCAAGGAAAGAGCGUCUAGUCUUAACUAUGGUUGAGGAGGUCACUAAGAAAAACAGAGCCAAGAAACAGAAGGCACUACAGAGAGUCACAGAGUCUCUUGUCAGUCCAUCUCCGCGGAGACUUGGCUCGCUAGGAACGGCGGAAAGGUUACGAACUCUCACUCCAGCUGCCCAAAAACUUGUCAACAAAAAACUCUCUGGCUUCAAAACUGACAAAGCUUUGAGGGCAAGCUACACACCGUCACCAGCGAGAACACCUGCUGGGGACAAAACCCCCAUACUGAGACACACCCCGAGACAGACCCCCACGCGGACACCCAACAAGACACCCUCAGGGGGUAGUAGGGAUCAAGUAUCAGAAGAGACACUGACAGACAAUUUGUUGGAUUUGCCAAAACGAAAAGGGAGGCCUCGGGCGAUUGCCAUGGACUUCUUCUGAUGAGGGUCGUCCUUUAUCAUAUGAGAAAAGAAAAAAACAGGAUAAGUUGGACACCCUGGAGCAAGUUCGAGUGGACACGUUUAGAUCGACCUGUGAUCAUCUACUGACCAGCAACGUACAUGCACAGUGAUGUACUCAUUCCAACAACUCAUUUGAAAUCCUAGUCAACCAUCAGUACCAGGCAUUCAACACUCCAUAAGCCUUUCGCGUUUUUGCUAUAGUGUCACUGGCUCCCCUCUGCGCUUUACACAUGUUAGAAUGGAACAGGCUAUUGUGACCAGUGAAGAAAACCAUUGGCUCGAGGCGGGUUCCAAAAUGGUUGACCACAGUAGUCAACCAAUGGUCGACCAGCCUGGGUUCAAGUCAAAAUAGUUGACCUUUAGUUAACAUUAUUGAUAAUUGUCAAAUACCAGUUUAUCUCACUUGGUGUAUUACAACAUAUGCACAAAAUAACAAACCUGUAA